CUUCCUUUUAGACAAAAACCCGCCCGUUACCAACUAUCUGGAUCCUCUCUUGUCUUCUUCUUCCUCUUACCUUCUUCUUUUCCUCCUUCCUUCUCCCUCUUCCCUCUUUCGCCUAUAACCUGCUACUCUCUCUCUCUCUCUCCUACUUCCUUCUUCUUUUUAUUUCAAAUCACUCUCGUUUCUCUUUUAUCUGUCGCUGCUGGUUACAGCCCGAAGAGAAACUCUAAUAAUUCCCCGUGCACGAGAGAAGUGAAAGCCAGGCGGAUCCAGAGGGACCUAUCCUAGGUACCCUACCUAGAAACUCACCUACCUAAGAUAAUCUAUGAGCUCCGAGCUACCUGCAGCUAGGAAGCCCACUCCAAACUUCAAAGACCAACCCCCCGGUUACCUAUUUAGAGCUUUCAUGACCCGAAGCUCCCAAGCUUGGGGUCAAGCUCUGGCUCGUCAAGCCCAGGCACAGGCAUGUUCCAGCCUCAACCCACUCCAUAUUCCUCGUACGCUUCCUAUGGAAUCCACAUAACCAACGCAGAAGUUCCCGAAUACGCUUUCCAACCCACUCCCUUGGGACAAUUCGGGUCAGCGCAAGCUGGCGGUGCUGGCGCAGUCGCAGGUGGUAGGCCAGCAGCUGUCGAUUUCUUCACCUCUCCCAUUUACAACAGCCAUAAUCCUCUAAUAUCGCCUCCCGCAAGCAAUCCCGGCAAUAUUCCUUACAACAGCAUCAACGUCAACACCAACAACCACAGGAUACCCCACAGCCACAACCACCACCAUCAUCAUCGCAACAUCAAGAUGGAACCUCAACUCCCCGCAGACCUCGCUCAGCAAGAAGCUGCAGCUCGUGAUUUCGAGCCUCAGCUAGCGGGGCCUUUAGUCGGCGAAAGAAGACCAAGCACGGUAAUUACGGAGGAAUAUGCGAAAGCAGAUCCCAUUUAUGUGGCCAAAACUAUGGCAUUGCCGCAGACAUAUUCCCACUACCGUCCCAUCCAAGGCGACGGCAAUUGCGGUUGGCGAGCUAUCGCGUUCGGUUACUUCGAGACGUUAGUACGAUGCGGCGAUAUAAGUCAAGCCCAAGGCGAAUUGGCUCGGUUAACAAGCUUGAACGAGUUCAUUGAGGCUGUUGGCGGGCAUAGUGUUUGGUUGUUCGAGGAUAUGGUUUCAGCCACGUUCGACUUACUCAACGACAUCAUCGCAGCCAUGUCUAAUGGCCAGGAUGGUAUGUUGGUCGUGAUGGAUAGAUUCAACAAUCCUGAGACGUCGCAGUCCAUCGUUUACCACCAACGCUUACUCGCAUCGUCGUGGUUGAAAGGUCGUUACGCCCAAUAUGAGCCUUGGAUAACAGGCGGAGCCGAGAGCUACGUUCAAGACACCCUCCUGCCUAUUGAUCGGGAGAUCGACCACGUAGGCGUUGUGCUACUUCACGACGUCCUACUCAAACCAGCGAAUAUCGUACUCGAGAUUGCCUACUUGGACCGAAGCGACGGCGUAGAAGUGAAUAUCCACCGAAUGCCUGAAGAAGCAAACGGCCAAGACCCAACCACGCUGGGGCCAAUAAUCUAUCUGCUGUAUCGACCGGGCCAUUAUGAUAUCCUAUAUCGCGAUUCUAUUGUCCAGCCUGCACCUUUGCCGCCCGCACCAACCACACUAUCGAUCAAUCGGGUCACGCCCUUCACGCACCAAGAGAUCGAAAACACAGACAUGCCUUUGCAAGAUUUUCGGGUGGACAUGAGUGCCUUGGCUAUGAUACCUGGGUUCGGCGUUCCUGACAUGUCUCCCUUGGGGUCUCCAGCGGCACCAUCUCCUAUGACAGAUCCCUAUGUUCCUUCUCCACAGUCGCCAUGGAUGCCACAGCCAUUUCCAGAUGGUAUGGCUAGCGGGCCUCCACCUCCGCAGCCAAGUCCUCCGCAACAGCAGCCAGCAACUCCGAUGACGGUGCACCCUUUGCGCUUUAGCAAGUACAACUUCCCUGAUUUAGUGGAGACGAACACCUUUCACGAGCCCGCUUUCACCACAAACACUUUCAAAAACAGCCACUUCAAUGUGGCUCACUAUAACAAUAUGAAUUUCCAGCCUGAGAUGUACAGGCCUGAGGCUGAUGAAGAAAUACCGCAUGGAAAGGGCAGCGGUCGAAAACGGAGUAGCGAGCAUUGCGCGGUUAUCAAAAAAGAGAAUAGGGGUUAGAGGUAAUUCCCCUUCCCCCCCCCC